AUGGGUGUUGGCCGCAGGAGGCUGGCCCCGCUCUGGGCCCUGGCCCUCACUCUGGCCUGCGCCCAGCACACAGGCCUGGCCCAGAACAGCACUGCAGAGCUCAGCUUCAAGCACCCAGACCGCCCUCCUGCCCCUCAGGGGCCUGGUGGCACCACCCUCCGUGGAGUGACCAUCCACCCACCUCUGAGGACCACCCCUGUGGUGCGAGCCCUGAACGCGGCCCACGGUGGGCGAGUGUGCAGCACGUGGGGCGACUUCCACUACAAGACCUUCGACGGCGACGUCUUCCGCUUCCCUGGGCUGUGCAACUAUGUCUUCUCCGCGCACUGCGGCUCCGCCUACGAGGACUUCAACCUGCAGCUCCGCCGCGGCCCCGGGCCCAACAGCACCGCGCCCAGCAUGGUCAUCAUGAAGCUGGACGGCCUGGUUGUCAGGCUGGCCAAGGGCUCCGUCCUGGUCAACAGCCGCCCAAUUCAGCUGCCCUUCAGCCAGUCCGGCGUCCUCAUUGAGCAGAGCAACGGCAACCUGAGGGUGGUGGCCAAGCUGGGCCUGGUCUUCAUGUGGAACCAGGACGACAGCCUCCUGCUCGAGCUGGACGCCAAGUACACCAACCAGACAUGUGGGCUGUGUGGAGACUUCAAUGGUGUCCCCGUCUACAACGAGUUCUUCUCACGCAAUGUCAAGCUGACCCCCACCGAGUUUGGGAACCUGCAGAAGAUGGACGGCCCCACGGAGCAGUGUCAGGACCCUGUCCCUGAGGAUGCUGGGACCUGCUCGAACGACUCUGGCAUCUGUGAGGAGAUGUUGAGCAGCGAGCCGUUCUUGGGCUGUGCCCUCCUGGUGAAUGCCAGCAGCUACCUGGAGGCCUGCCGGCACGACCUCUGCCACUGCAGCCAGGCCAACCUCACCAGCUGCCUCUGCCACACCCUUGCCGAGUACUCCCGCCAGUGCGCCCACGGUGAGAAGGAGCCCCUCCCCGGCCCCUGAAUCCCACAGAUGCAUCACGGGUGUCGGACAGAGCCCCUGAGGCGUCCCUUGGCCCCUGGGUCCCAGGAGCCCUCUAGGGCAGGCCUGUGGUGGGUGGGGGGCCACGCCCCUCCCCACGCCUUCUCAGCGGAUAGUCCGCACCUGCCACACGGCCUGCCUGCCUCUGCAGGGAUGGUUCUGGAUGACAUCGGCCAUACGGGCUGCAUCCCCGUGUCCGGGUGCUCCUGCAUGUACAGUGGGGCCGCCUACGCUCCAGGGACCGGCUACUCCACAGACUGCACCAACUGCACCUGCUCCGGAGGCCGGUGGACCUGCUGGGAGGCGCCGUGUCCAGGGACCUGCUCGGUGCUGGGCGGCACCCACAUCUCCACGUUCGACGAAAAGCAGUACACGAUGCACGGGGACUGCAGCUACGUGCUGGCCAAGCCUUGUGACAGCGGCACCUUCACCGUGCUGGCCGAGCUGCGCAGGUGCGGGCUGACCGACAGCGAGAGCUGCCUGAAGAGCCUGACGCUGAGCCUGGGCGGGGGGCACACGGUCUUCAUGAUCAAGGCUAGCGGGGAGGUGUUUAUGAACCAGGUCUACAUCCAGCUGCCCGUCUCAGCAGCCAACGUCACGCUCUUCAGACCUUCCACCUUCUUCAUCAUUGCCCAGACCCAGCUGGGCCUGCAGCUGGACAUCCAGCUGGUGCCCGUCAUGCAGGUGUUCAUGCGGCUGGAGCCGCAGAUCCGAGGGCAGACCUGCGGCCUGUGUGGGAACUUCAACCAGAACCAGGCUGAUGACUUCCGGACCAUCAGCGGCGUGGUGGAGGGCUCAGCCGCUGCUUUCGCCAACACCUGGAAGACCCAGGCUGCCUGCCCCAACAUCAAGAACAGCCUUGAGGACCCCUGCUCCCUCAGCGUGGAGAACGGUAAGUUCGCUCAGCACUGGUGCUCCCGGCUGACAGACCCCCAGGGCCCAUUCGCCCAGUGCCAUUCCACCGUGGACCCCAGCGCCUACUACUCGAACUGCAUGUUUGACACCUGUAACUGUGAGAAGAGUGAGGACUGCAUGUGCGCGGCCCUGUCCUCCUACGUCCGGGCCUGUGCCGCCCGGGGCGUGCUGCUCAGCGGCUGGCGGGACGGCGUGUGCACAAAGGCCAUGGCGACCUGCCCCAAGUCUCUCACCUACCGCUACAACAUCAGCACGUGCCCGCCCACCUGCCGGGCCCGGAGUGAUGAGGACGUAACCUGCGGCAUCGGCUUCGUCCCCGUGGACGGCUGCACCUGCCCCGAAGACACCUUCCUGGACAACACAGGCGCGUGCGUGCCAGCCGCCAGCUGCCCCUGCUACUUCCAGGGCUCCGUGGUCCCCAAUGGGGAGUCGCGGCAUGAGCAGGGCACUGUCUGCUCCUGCACCCAGGGCGCACUCACCUGCAUCGGAGGCCACACCUCAGAUCAAGUCUGUGUCCCGCCCAUGGUCUACUUCGACUGUCGCAACGCCACGCCUGGGGCCAGCGGGGCCGGCUGUCAGAAGAGCUGCCAAACCCUGGACAUGGACUGUUACAGCUCCAAGUGUGAGCCCGGCUGUGUGUGUCCUGAUGGGCUGGUGGCCAGCGGCAACGGCAGCUGCAUCCCCGUGUCCGACUGCCCCUGUGUGCAUAACGAGGCCAGCUACCAGCCAGGCCAGACCAUCCGCAUGGGCUGCAACACCUGCACCUGUCGCAGCCGGACGUGGCAGUGCACCGACCAGCCCUGCCUGGCCACCUGCGCGGUGUACGGGGACGGCCACUACCUCACCUUCGACGGGCGGGACUACAGCUUCAGCGGGGACUGCGAGUACACGCUGCUCCAGGACCACUGCGGCGGGAACGGCAGCGCCCAGGACAGCUUCCGCGUCGUCACCGAGAACGUGCCCUGCGGCACCACAGGGACCACCUGCUCCAAGGCCAUCAAGAUCUUCCUGGGGAGCUACGAGCUGAAGCUGAGCGACAGGAAACUGGAGGUGACCGAGACGGGCCCGCGGCCACCCUACUCCAUCCGCCAGAUGGGCAUCUACCUGGUGGUCGACACGGGAGUGGGCCUUGUGCUGCUGUGGGACAAGGGUACCAGCAUCUUCCUCAGACUCAGCCCCGACUUCAAGGGGAGGGUCUGCGGGCUGUGCGGGAAUUUUGACGACAAUGCCCUCAACGAUUUCACCACACGGAGCCAGUCCGUGGUGGGUGACGUGCUGGAGUUUGGCAACAGCUGGAAAUUCUCCCCAUCGUGCCCGGACGCUCUGGCCCCCGGAGACCCCUGCACCACCAACCCGCACCGCAAGUCCUGGGCCCAGAAGCAGUGCAGCAUUAUCAACAGCGCCACCUUCAGCGCCUGCCAUGCCCACGUGGAGCCAUCCAGGUACUACAAGGCCUGCGUGAGCGAUGCUUGUGCCUGCAACUCGGGGGGUGACUGUGAGUGCUUCUGCACAGCCGUGGCCGCCUAUGCCCAGGCCUGCCACGAUGCGGGCGUGUGCGUGUCCUGGCGGACCCCGGACAUCUGCCCUCUGUUCUGCGACUACUACAACCCCCAGGGCCAGUGCGAAUGGCACUACCUCUCCUGCGGGGCGCCCUGUCUGAAGACCUGCCGGAACCCCAGUGGCCAGUGCUGGCACGACACCCACAGCUUGGAAGGCUGCUACCCCAAGUGCCCACCAGAAGCCCCCAUCUUCGAUGAGGACCAGAUGCAAUGUGUGGCUUCAUGCCCGACCCCAUCCCCACCACCAACCUGCCAUGCUGGAGGCCAGUCCUUCUGGCCAGGCUCCAAGGUGCCCUCGGACAGGAACUGCUACUCCUGCAUCUGCACUGAGGGCGGCGUGCAGUGUGCCUAUGCCGCGAACGCUUGCAUCUGCACCUAUGGCGGGAAGCAGUUCCAUCCCGGGGACGAAAUCUACCGAACAACGGACGGUUUGGGGAGCUGCAUCUUGGCCCGCUGUGGGGCCAACGGCACCAUCGAGAGACUGGUCUACCCCUGCAGCCCCACCACGCCCACCCCCCAGACCAUCUUCUCCUUCUCGACAUCCCUGCCGGCUUCAACGUCCCCAGAGAGGCCUCCAACUGAGCCCACCAUGGUCACCACGGUCACUUGUUUACAAGUUUUAUGCAACUGGACUGAGUGGAUGGACGGCAGCUACCCUGGGCCGGGGAGAAACAGUGGAGAUUUUGAUACUAUUCCGAAUCUCAGAGCCGAAGGUUAUAAAUUCUGUGCAGAGCCCAAGAAUGUGCAGUGCCGGGCAGAGCGCUUCCCUGACACCCCAAUGCAGGAGCUGGGCCAGGACGUGAUCUGUAACAAAUCCGUGGGCCUGAUUUGCCGGAACGAGGACCAGCUGCCCCCCAUCUGCUACAACUACAACGUCCGCUUCCUGUGCUGUGAGCCGGUGGACACUUGCAGGACACACAGCCCUUCGCCUGCGACACNCGCAACCUCGGCUCCUAAAACGAGCUCAACCUCUGUGCACACAGGCAGCACAACUUCGGCUCCUACAACCAGUGGAACCUCUGUUCCUACAUCCGAGACCACCCUGUCCCCACCGGGGACCACACCAUGCAAGCCAGAGUGCAGGUGGACCAAGUGGUUCGAUGUGGACUUCCCCAUGCCUGGGCCCCACGGGGGAGACAAUGAAACCUUCAGCAACAUCCUGAGGAAUGGAGACCUCAUCUGCCACCGACCCGAAUCCAUCAGCAGAGUGGAGUGCCAAGCCGAGAGCCACCCCGGGGUCAGCAUCCACGAGCUGGGCCAGGUGGUGCAGUGCCACCAGGACGUGGGCCUGCUGUGCCGGAACCAGGACCAGAAGGGUGAGACCAGCACGUGCCUCAACUACCAGAUCAGAGUGCUGUGCUGCGAGCCCCAGGAACACUGCCCUCCACCCACUGUCACAGGAGCCAGCACCACCAGUGUGAGCGUCAGUGUGCACUCAGCGACCACCGUCCACCAGGCCACAUCCAGUGCAAGCUCUGUGCAGACAAGCGGCACAACCUCGGCUCCUACAACCAGUGCAACCUCUCUUUCUACAUCUGCGACUACCCCCUACUCAUCUGGGACCACAGCCUGCUACUGCAAUGCGUCCGGCACGUUGUAUCCCUCAGGAUCCAUCAUCUAUGAAGUGACCGACCUAUUGGGCCACUGCUAUUAUGCCUUUUGCAGCCUGGACUGCCACGUGGUCAAGCAGAUGGCCCCCUCCUGUCCCACCAGCAUGCCACCUCCCACUCCGACCACCUCCCCACCAGAGUCCUCCCCUUCUACUUCUGUGUCGGUCCCUCCACAAGGGUGCCCAAAUGCAGUUCCCCCAAGAACGACAGGUGAAACCUGGCCCAUGCCCAACUGCUCUGAGGCCACCUGCCAGGGCAACGGGGUCAUCACGGUGAGCCCGCGCCACUGUCCGAAGGUGCAGAAGCCCACCUGUGCCAAUGGCUACCCCGCCGUGCAGGUGGCUGACCAUGACAGCUGCUGCUCACACUACCAGUGCCCGUGCGUGUGCAGCGGCUGGGGGGACCCACACUACAUCACGUUCGACGGCACCUACUACACGUUCCUGGACAACUGCACGUACGUGCUGGUGCAGCAGAUCGUGCCGGUGUACGGCCACUUCCGCGUGCUGGUCGAGAACUAUUUCUGCGACGCGAAGGACGGGCUGUCCUGCCCACAGUCCAUCAUCGUUGAGUACCAGGAGAACCGCGUCAUGCUGACCCACAAGGCCGUCCGCGGGGUGAUGACCAACGAGAUCAUUUUUAAUGGCAAGGUGGUCAGGCCCGGCUUCCAGAAAGACGGCAUUGCCGUCUCCCAAGUUGGCAUCAAGAUGUAUGUGAGCAUUCCUGAGCUCGGCGUCCAGGUCAUGUUCAGCGGCCUCAUCUUCUCCGUGGAAGUGCCCUUCAGCAAGUUUGCCAACAACACAGAAGGGCAGUGUGGCACCUGCACCAAUGACCAGAAGGAUGAUUGCCGCCUGCCUGGGGGCGCGGUGGUGGCCUCCUGCUCUGACAUGUCCGGCCACUGGAAGGUGACAUACCCUGGCCAGCCGCCCUGCAACGGGCCUCCCCCGACGCCUACCCCAGUGGAGCCCAGGACCUCGCCCACCCCGUGCCCACCUUCACCAAUCUGCCAGCUCAUUCUGAGCAAGCCCUUCAAGCUGUGCCACGCGCUAAUCCCGCCCUGGCCGUACUACCAAGGCUGCAUCUUCGACCAGUGCCACAUGCCCGGCAUGGACGUGAUGUGCUCUGCCCUAGAGCUCUACGCUGCCCUCUGUGCCUCCCUUGGUGUCUGCGUCGACUGGCGGGGCCAGACCAACUACACGUGCCCCUUCACCUGCCUUGCUGGCAUGGAGUACCGGCCCUGCGGCCCGCCCACCCCCUCCUACUGUUGCAUGGACAGCAGCACCAGCGCCCCGGCCUUCCUGGGAGCCAGUCCCAUCACGGAAGGCUGCUUCUGCCCUCAGGGCAUGAUGUUCUACAGCUCGAGCAAGGAGGUCUGCGUGCCCGCUGACUGCAACACUUGCCUGGGGCCCAGUGGGGAGCCUGUGGAGCCCGGCCACACGGUCAUCGUGGACUGCCAGGAGUGCACCUGUGAGGGCAGCACGCGGACCAUGAGCUGCCGGCCCCAGGCCUGCCCCCCGGCCCCCACCUGCCCCGAGUCUGGCCACGUGCCUGUGCCCGAGGCCCUGCAGACCGGCCAGUGCUGUCCCCAGUACCAUUGCGCCUGUAACACCAGCCACUGCCCUGAGCCCGAGGCCUGCCCGAAAGGCUCACACGCCAUCCAGACCUACAGCGAGGCGGCCUGCUGCCCGACCUACAGCUGCAGCUGGAGCGUCUGCAGCAUCAACGGCACCCUGUACCAGCCCGGUGCCGUGGUCUCCUCGAGCCUGUGUGAAAAAUGUUGGUGUGAGCUGCCUGGGGGAGCCCCAUCAGACACCUUUUCGAUCAACUGUGAGACCCAGAUCUGCAGUACCUCCUGCCCCCUGGGCUUCAAGUACCAGGCUCAGGCCGGGCAGUGCUGUGGUGAGUGUGUGCAGGUGGCCUGCAUCAUGAACACCAGUGACAGCUCCGCCCACCUCUUCUACCCGGGCGAGUCCUGGUCAGACCCCGGAGACCACUGCGUGACGCACAAGUGUGAGAAGCACUGGGAUGGGCUCGAGGUGGUGACCACAAAGAAGGUGUGUCCCCUGCUCAACUGUCCUGCGGACAAGGCUCUGCCCAGCGAGGACGGCUGUUGCCUCUCCUGCCCCUCACCCUACGAGAACCAGUCGACCUGCGCGAUGCACUACCAGCUCCAGGUCCUCCGGCAGCAGGGCUGCAGUUCCUCCGGACCCGUGCGCCUCGCCUACUGCCAGGGCAACUGCGGGGACACCACCUCCGUGUUCUCCCCGGAGUCGAACGCAGUGGAGCACCGGUGCAGCUGCUGCCGCGAGCUGCGCGUCUCUCUGAGGAACGUGACCCUGCGUUGCGAGGACGGCUCGAGCCGCACCCUCACCUACACGGAGGUGGAGGAGUGCGGCUGCAAGGACCUGCAGUGCGACUCCCCCGGGGGCCUUGCCCUCUCGGCGGUGGAGCUGGAGCCAAGCCCGGAGAGCGGGCUCAGGCGCCGCGGGAGGAGGGCCCCGCGGGCUCGGCCCCUGCAGUAG